AUGCCCUUAACUGACAGUCAUCAGCCUCCUCUGGAGCCAGAAGAGAGGGAGAUUGUCAAGUAUUACAAUGGCUGGACCAACUACAUGUUCUCGUACUGUCUAAAGCCCUGGAAUGACGAUGAUGCUGAGGAGGGCAAGGCAAUCCUAGAGGCAAUGAUCCAGCAUGAUAAGGAAGCCGAGCAUAAUGAGCUUGAAGAAAAUCACCAUGGCUAUAUUGAUGAUUGCAGCUACCAUGAUGAGGACAGCAAUGACCAUAACGAUAGCUUCAAUCAUGAUGGCACUCACAAUACCAAUCAUGAAGAUGAUUCUGACAGCUACGAUCAUGAAACUGAGACAGCUGUUGAUGAUUACGCUGGUGACUACAGCUAUGAGGAUUAUGGUGACUUGAACAGCGAUGAAUGCUACUGGGACUAUUAG